UUUUCCUCUUCUUCUUGGGCACCCUGGUCGUGGCUGACAGUGGCUGCUGUAUGACCCGGCGCCAUGGAACGCCCUCGAGUUCAGCGCCGGCAUGAUGGACCAGCUUCCGCCCGGUGUGUUGGGUGUCGCCCUGGUCGUUCUCAUUUACAGCUUCAUCUGUCUGGCCUGCGGUAUCUUCCUGGUGUGGCUUGUCUGGGUUCAUGAUGAGCGCAAGAGCUAUGUCGCCAUGCUGGGCUUCUUCGUGUCCUUGCAUACCCUCGCCUCCAUCAUCCAGCAGAUUCACACCAUUGUCCGAUGGCGCGAGAUCAAGAUUGAGCAGUACGAGAAGCUCGUCGCCACUGUCGGCUAUCCAGAGCUGAACAUCGCCGGCUUAUCGUCGGGGCUGGACUUGGGGUUGUUCUACAUCCAGUAUUACUGCUACAAUGUCGAGUCCCUGCUCGUCUUCUUCUGGGCCGUCGAGCUCGCGAACAGCAUCUUCCAACUGCGCAUCUUCAAGGUGUACCGCUUCCACGCGAGUCUCAUCGCCAAAGCCACCGCCGCCGUCCUGCCCGCCGUGCAGAUAUUGCUCCUCCGCUUCAGUAGCGUAAACCACAGCACCGUGGGCGUCAUGGUGCUGGCCGACGCCAUCAUGAUUGGCUGCUUCGCUUUGGGCAGCAUCUUGCUCCUCGCCAUCCUCGGCCGUUACGUGCACUCGCGCAUCACCCUCGCCUCGUUCAAGGUCCGCUACGGCCGGUCCACCUCGGGCGGCACCAACGGCACGCGCUCCGGCACGGGUAACGCGCGCCCGAAACGCAAAAGUAUAUACGACAAAUGGCUCGUCCUGCGCUUCACGGUCGCCUUUAUCGCGCUCAGCCUCUUCCAACUGGUAGUCAUCAACUUCCAGCUUCGCGCGGCCGCAACCAACAACCCGGCCAACGUGCCGCCCGAACCGGACCUCAGUGCCGGCCGCGCGAAGGGCGACUUUGCCCUGUUUGCGCCCGCCCCAACCGCGACUAUCUUCGCUUUCAUCGUGUUUGGCACGACCCGCACCUUCAGAGAGUACAUGUGGAACCUGUUUGUGCCCAGGUCGAUCCGGGAGAAGGUAGAGACCCGCACAAGGAGGAAGAAGGAGUCCCAGGGCGCGACCAUGUCAGUGGUGCAUUCCGCCAUCAGGGACGUCGAGGCGGGCAACGCCGGGGUUAGCUUGGGGAUGCAGGACCUUGGGAGAAGGAGGGACGAGGAUGGGAAGAGCGAUGAGUAUCCGAUUUGGAAUGGGAGAGAGGUGAUGAAAGGGCAGGCCGGGAGGUGAAGGAUGUGCCGGGCUGGCUGUGGGUUGGCGUUCGUGGUUCGUGAUUUCCUGGGUACGGCGGGUUAGAUGUUUGAUGACGCUCAGGCAAAUUUAAUGAGAGACGAUUUCCGAAGUGUGGAGUUUAGCCCGCUCGUUGUGAGUCCGGUGAUGGGCCAGCAUCUCGGGCCGCGACAACGGCCACUUGCUCUCGGGCUUUCAUAUCAUCUCUGCCU